CUUUUUUAACACAGCAGAUGCAGAGCUCUCGUAUUCACUGUGUUGUUCGCAGUCCUGGCGACACAUUCAAAGAGAAAGUCUUAAAUCAUGCAUGCGUUUACCGUUUUUAGCCCUUUGCUGGUGAUAUGGUCAUGCCACAUAAAGAAAAGCUGGUCCAAUCAGACUACUGAGUACCCUGUGGAUGAAAAAACAACAGAUUAUGAGUAUCCCACAGUGGACACAGUGGAUUACACCGGGCUUGAAAUAAUGUGCGACAAAGGCUCCAAUCGUUCCUUCCGCGCCUGGUUCCUGCCCACCAUCUACACGAUCAUCUGCCUCAUGGCCCUUGUUGGAAACUUUCUGGUCAUCCUAACCUACCUGUACUUUAAGAGGCUGAAGACUAUGACUGACGUCUACCUGCUCAACCUAGCCAUGGCUGACCUGCUGUUUGCAAUAUCUCUCCCCUUCUGGGCAGCUAGCUUCAUGAGCAAGUGGCAUUUGGGUCCAAUUCCAUGCAAGGCCAUGUUCACCAUCUACAGGGUCAGCUUCUUCAGCGGCAUGUUCCUUCUCACCUGUAUCAGCGUAGAUCGAUAUUUCUCCAUAACGAAGGCUGUCUCUGCUCAUCGUUGUCGCUCCAGUGCGGUGUUUUACGGACAGGUGUCUUCUCUGGUGACUUGGGUGAUGGCGGUGAUCUUUUCGAUACCUGACAUGGUGUUCUCUGAAGUUAACAUCAAUGGCACCUGUACAGCAAAUGGCAAUAACUUUCCAGAGUACCGCGUUAGGAUGCUGGUAAGUCAGAUGGUGCUGGGUUUUAUUCUUCCAGCGGUUGUCAUGGGGUUCUGUUACAUCUGCAUCAUUAAGACCCUCAACCAAGCCAAGAACUUUGAGAGGAAUAAAGCCUUCAAGGUCAUCAUUGCAGUGGUAUCUGUCUUUGUGUUUAGUCAGCUACCCUACAAUGUAGUCAUGGGAGUGACCACUCAGGAAACAACGAAUUGCGACAAGGACAAGAGUCGUCUUUACGCACUGGAUGUGACCAGAGCCGUGGCUUUCUUGCGCUGCUGUGUGAACCCCUUCCUGUACGCCUUCAUUGGGGUAAAGUUUCGCAAUGAUCUCCUGAAGCUGCUUAAAGACUUGGGAUGUCUCAGAAAGAGCCACCUCAUAUACACCCACUGCGGUAAACGAAGAUCCUCUGUUGGCCUGGACACCGAAACCACAACGACGUUUUCCCCCUGAAUGCUCCGGAUUCCAAAACAACAAAAAGGUCUUGCAAAUUUACUUCUGUGGUAAAUCGCUUUAUAAGCUCCAUUCCAAUUAAAGUGUCUAUGGAGGAUUGUAUGGUGCCAUAUACUCAUAUGCUGCAAGUUUUGCUACGAAGUGUUACUAGAGACUUAUUGUACAAAAACUUCCUGCUUUGUAACAAUAAGCUUUUCACUUCUUUUUUGAUUGCUCUUUGAGAGACAUGUCUUUCACUCUUCGUUAUGUGAUAUAGCUAUUUUGUGUUCAAUAUCUUGUUCUCAAUAUAAAUAUAUACUGUGUAUUACACAUACUUACAAAGAUGAAAUAUCUUUAAGGGCACCUAUCCACUCAGACGUGGAAAAUCAGCAACAUAAUCCAUUAUGGUUUAACAGUUUUUUCUCUGUCUGUGAUGUUAUCAAACUAAAUAAAU